CCCCAAAGGUUUGACCAACCACGGCAACGCUUUGAUGGUCCCCAAAGGUUUGACCAACCGCGGCAGCGCUUUGAUGGUCCUCCGAGGUUCGACCAGCCACGGCACCGCUUCGAUAAUCCACCCAGACAUGACCAGCCUAAUUUUGGACAGCAAUCUAGAUUGGAUUCCUCAAGACCCCCUUGCCCUCCACCACGUUUUGAAUCUCCUUCAGCCCCUCAGUUAAAACAGCAGCAGGGUCCUGAACCUAAAUUGGAGACCGACAUUCAAAAUCCUGCAAGUUCAGAUUCAACAACCUUGCCAAAAACACCUGCUCAACCACUGUCUAACAAAGAUGAAAGUAUACCUAAUAAGUCAACAGCUGAUGACUUGACAGAUGAUAAUUUGCUUGGAUCAGAUGGCUUUUUUAUUCAAAAUGAUCCUAUUCCCCAGACAUUAAAAAGUAAGAAAGAGUCUGAGGAAGCAAAAAAUAAAAGUGUCACUGAUGAUAGCAAUAAAGACAAACCUAGUACAUCAACGAAAGACUCUGGUUCAGUAUCAAAACCUCCACCACCUCCACAAAAUUCCCAAAAGGACGAUGGACCAAUGAUAGACAACAAAAAAUCAAUUAAAACGACUGCUGGAAUCCAACCAGAACUACAAAGUUCAGACCAGUUGGCACCAAAACCAGAACCUCCAAAUCUACUUCCUGGCAGGGGACGUGGCCAGCCUCCACUGCGUGGACUUGGGCGUGGACAAUUGGGCCCUGGCCAGUUCAGAGAACAUAAUAUUGCACAAACUGAGGAGGGGGUGGACGAAAUGCCUUAUGACUACAUUCCACCGGAGGAAGAUGCAGAAAUACCUGAAGAGCAACAAGACUACUGGCAAGAUCCUUCAUAUCAGGGGUUUGGCGAGGAUGAAUCAGAGGUGCGUCCUGAAGACACAUGGGUCCCAGAAGAACAUUACUUUGAAGAGGAAGAGUAUUAUGAGGAGCCAGUGGGACCAUUUAUGGGGCGAGGUAGACCCCCAUUGAGAGGAGGGCCCCCAAUGGGGCGAGGAAGACCACCCAUGGGCAGAGGAUUUCCUCCCAUGGGGAGAGGUGUACCACCCAUGGGUAGAGGAUUUCCUCCCAUGGGCAGAGGAGUACCACCCAUGGGCAGAGGGGGUCCGCCCAUGGGUAGAGGAGGUCCACCCAUGGGUAGAGGGGGUCCACCCAUGGGCCGAGGAGGUCCACCCAUGGGCCGAGGAGGUCCACCCAUGGGCCGAGGAGGUCCACCCAUGGGCCGAGGAGGUCCACCCAUGGGUAGAGGAGGCCCACCAAUGGUGAGAGGUGGACCACCCUUUAGUAGAGGAGGCCCACCAGUAGGUAGAGGAGGGGCACACAUGGGAAUAGGGGGUCCAGCAGUUGCUAGAGGAGACGUAGAUGAUAUGCACUGGGCAGAGGCUGAGUCAGCAGAGUGUUCUGAGGAAGGAGAACCCUACUGGGAAGAAUGGCAGCCUCAAAUGAGAGGCAUGAGACCCCCAUUUCCACCUGGUCGUGGUCGUCCUCCACGUGGGCACCCUGGUUUUAUGCCUCGAGGCCGAGGAGGUCCACUUCACCCUAUUCACGGUGAAAUGGGUCAUGAGCCUGUAGGUCAUGAAAUGGAGUUGGAUGAUGCCAACAUGGAUCAGUCAAUGCACCCAAUGUACCACGAGCACGACCCAUAUGGCCAUCCAGGGCAUCCUGAUGUAGGAAGAGGCAGGCGACGCAUUCCACCUCCGCCCCAUGAAAUUAUGGAUCGCUUAGAGGAGCCUUUGUAUGAAGGAGCUGAAGGAGAUUCUGAAUGGUACCCUCCACGAGGCCCUCCAAUAACUCCACACGAAAUAAUUGACAGGGGAGGAAUGAGAAGACGACCUAUGGGUCGAGGAAUUGCAAGGGGAAUGUGGCGCCCAGGUCCACAUCAUGAGGGAUAUGAAGAGGCAUAUAAGGAGGACCAAGCUUUGGAUUAUGAUCGAGGUGAGGGUGAGUACCGCCGGCCUCCAGCUCCAGAGUUUCCACCUGAAGACUAUCGCCAUGAAGCCAAGUUCCGUGAGGGGGAGUGGGACAGAGAUCGUCCUCUUCCUGAAAGAGAGUAUCCUCCCCGCAUGCCGCCCCCACCGCACCUCAGAGAGGAACGCUGGGAUCCAGAAACAGAGAGACGUCGCUCGUAUCCAUAUGAUGAAAACGAUAGGGCAAGGGGAGAGCUACGAAUUCUUGACUAUAGGGAUGAGCCCCCAUACAGACUGGAUGAACCGCCACACCUGCGGGCUUCAGACUGGGAUAGACCUUCUAGGCGUUCUCCAUUACCAGUGAGGACAUAUCCCGAUUAUGGUGACCUUAGACCUCAGUAUGAGGAGCGCAAGGAAGAGCCACCACCUGCUGGAUCUGCAACAGACUUGCCUGGAAGCUCAGUUGAAGCAGCAACCCAAGGAACAAGCGGGGCAAAUGUGCUUGCCCUUUCUCAAAGGCAGCAUGAGAUUAUCCUGAAAGCUGCUCAAGAACUUAAGCAAAUAAGGGAGUUGCAAGAGGGAAAGACCCCUAGUACUGAAAAACCACAACCUGCAUCCAGUGACCUUCUGACAGAGCUACCUGCAGGUCUCCUUGGCUUGGAGAUCCCACCAGAUGUUAGGAAUGUUUUAAAGGGUAUGAGUGCUGCUGUUCAGCCAGCUGCUCCUGAAUCAGCGUCUUGGGAAAGCAAACCUGCUGCUGCUGUAGAUUACCAGUCGUCACUGUCUGCUUCAGCCAAACCGCCAGUAAUUCCUAAAACGGUCGAUUAUGGACAUGGGCAUGAGCUCGGGGCAACUGUAGAGCGGAUUGCAUAUGGUGAGAGAAUAGUAUUAAGACCUGACCCAAUCCCAUCAGAUCGCCUCUAUGAUAAAGAACCACUCAGUCUCAGAGAUUCCUACAGCCGAGAUCCAUAUUAUGACCGGCGACCAGACCCCUAUUUGGAUCGCCGGGAGUACAGCAGAGAGAGGGAGUUGUACCGAGAUGCGCCUCCUGAAUAUGAAAGAGACAGAUAUGAGAGGGAUCGCUAUCAUUCACGGGAAAGAGAUGAGAGCACACAUACCUUGGUUGAAGAAAGGUCUCCACUACCUCCUCGAGCGGCAUACAGGGAAAGAGACAAGGAGCGAAGUGGCAGUCGUGACCUAGACGACUAUUAUGGAAGGCCUGGCUAUGACAGACCUCUGUAUGAGCGCUCUGGACCAGACCGCAUCGGGCCUGAGCGUUACAGCUCGCCUUACUUGGAAAGAAGAGGUUAUCCAGAGGACCGAGGACCACACUCUGCCGCCCCACUGCCUCCUCCACCAACACCGCCUCCUCCUCGAGUCGAGAAGAAGCCUGAAAUUAAAAAUAUUGAUGACAUCCUCAAAGCACCUGGCAGAUUAUCUCGACCUGAGAGGAUUGUUAUUAUAAUGAGGGGCCUCCCAGGAAGUGGAAAAAGCCACGUUGCAAAGCUUAUACGGGACAAGGAAGUUGAAUCUGGUGGCGCACCUCCAAGAGUUCUUGUUCUGGAUGAUUACUUCAUGACGGAGGUGGAGAAAGUUGAGAAAGACCCAGACACCGGGAAGAGAGUCAAAACUAAGGUUCUUGAAUAUGAAUAUGAACCCGAGAUGGAGGAUACCUACAGGAGCAGCAUGCUGAAAACAUUUAAGAAAACUCUUGAUGACGGAUUCUUCCCUUUUAUUAUUCUGGACACCAUUAAUGACCGAGUGAAACAUUUUGAACAAUUCUGGAGCGCAGCCAAAACAAAAGGCUUUGAGGUGUAUGUAGCUGAAAUCACGGCUGACACACAAACGUGUGCAAAGAGGAAUGUCCAUGGGCGCAAGCUUAAGGAUAUAACAAAGAUGUCCAACAACUGGGAGUCAUCUCCUCGUCAUAUGGUGCGCCUGGAUGUGCGAUCCUUGCUUCAAGAUGCUGCCAUUGAGGAGGUUGAAAUGGAGGACUUUAACCCCGAAGACGUUCCCCAAGAAACCAAGAGGGAGGAGGAAGAAGAGAGCGAUCUGGGAUAUCUUCCAAAAAGCAAAUGGGAGAUGGACACAUCUGAGGCCAAACUUGACAAGUUGGAUGGCCUGGUGAGCGGUGGGAAGAGGAAGCGUGACAGUGAACACUUGUCCGGCAUAGAGGACUACCUUCAGUUGCCAGACGACUAUGCCACACGCACGUCUGCACCAGGAAAGAAAAGGGUCCGAUGGGCUGAUCUUGAAGAGCAGAAGGAUGCAGAUCGAAAGCGUGCUAUCGGUUUUGUAGUUGGGCAAACGGACUGGGAAAAAAUAACAGAUGAGAGUGGCCAGUUCGCACAAAGAGCUCUCAAUCGUACAAAAUAUUUCUAGGAUAGUCUGAUUCAUUAUUUUGGUUUACAGUAAGGUGCCCAGAAUGUGAAGAUGCUUCAGCUCCUUGACAGUGAAACAUUCGUCAGUACAAUAUUCCCAACAGUUAUCAGUAGUUUUUGUCACUUCACUAAUAAUUAUAAAGAACACAUUUUUCCCUCUGGGAUGAGUUGUAGUUAAUAAUCUGUGCUUAUUUUGUUUAAGUAUUCAGGCAUCUUUUACCUUUUUCUCUGUUUUAUACUUCAUGUACUGUAUACCUGUAACACUGUUUUAGUCUUUGUGUUGUAGAGGAAAAAUAAAAGGUUCUCAACAUUAAAAACUAAU